UCCUAGCUGGUUCCUUGUAUCGUUUGAAUGUCUGUUGCAUCCGCAGGAUGAAGCUUGCAGAUGUGGGCUUCAUUUCUGUAAUCGGAUAUAUGGGUAUGGUUAAUCACUAGAAUGUAAACCAGAAAAGUGUGAGUUGGGCCAUUGAAGGAUAUUUCUGGCCACAAUGCCAUGCUGUGUGAAGACAUGUCUACUGAGCAACAACUAUUUCAUGAGUUGCAGACCUGAAUGCCUGUUUCUGAUACCAUAAAAUAAGUCACUUUAUAAACAUCCACAGUUUGGAUGGUUUACAGAGAUUGUUGAUGACAAAUUUAUUUAUCUAUUUGUUUUUUUUUUUGAAUAGUAACCAAUUUAUUUGUUGAACUUGGCAAAGACAGGAUAUUGUUAAUGUUUUUCUGGUCUGUACAUUACAUAAUGAUUAUUUUUUUGGUCUUCAUUUGUCCGGUUAUGCUAAGGUGGUUUACAUAAAGUCUUGAUGCAUAUUGUGGAGAAAUGCAAGUGCAGUCUCACAUGAGAGCUAGAAACCUCAGAACAAUGGUUGUAGUUUAAUGAACAGGAGCUACCUAAAUUCAAAAGGAUGUCUUUUAUUAAUAAUUUUGUUUAGAAUUAAUCUCUGAAACUUUAUAUUUGUUGUUUAUGUUUGUUUGCCUGGUUGUUGGAUUUGCACUCACUCCAGAUUAGUUCUAUAUCUUACUUUGAUAUUGCCAAUAAUAUAUCUAAAGGUUGCAAUUCUUAGAGCUUUGUCUCAUGCUUCUUUAAAUAUGCAUUAUCAUGUUUGUUUCUUUUUUUCCCCCUUUAUUUUUCAGUUUCCAGAAUUCAUUGCCUCAUUCUUCGCACGGCUUUCUUUGCCAUCCAUGGGAAGUACACCUGCAGCACCUAGUAGAAAUGUUUUGGGAAAUGUACCAUCCUAUGCAGGUCGCCAAAUGGAGGCAAGUUUACUUGCUGAUAUUUAUCGCUUUGGCAUAUACAUAACUAUACAUGCCAUGCAUCAAUGCAUAACACAUUCGCAGACAUGGUCUACCGACUAUCGGCCUGGGAGUGGUAGGGAUGAUUUGGAAGAGAGUUGUAAUGAUGGGUUUUUCUACAUUGUUGUUGAUGUUCUAACAAGAAACUACCCUGCACCCUUGUCAGCCACUGUAGAGCCAUCAGAAGAUUCCAUCGCAACACUUGUUUCGAUGGGUUUUGACAGGAAUGCUUCCAGACAAGCACUUAUCCAUGCUAGAAAUGACGUCAAUGCAGCCACAAAUGCCCUUCUUGAGUCACAGUCGCACUUACAGUGA